AUGGCGGACGCAGGAGCUCACACGAUAAGAAUCACAUAUGUAUUUUAUGCAUUUUAAGCCGGUUAACCCAUGAUUUUGCGAGAUCUGAAUACGGGAAUCGACCUAUGAAAGAGCUCUCGAUCGGAAGUGGUGUGUCACGCUGUGAUGGCAUUAUCAGAAGGAUUGCUAAAGCUUCGGUGGAAUAACCAUGAGGCGACAUUCUGUCACAUUCUGCACAGACUCCGAACCAAGCCUCGGUAUGCAGAUGCAACACUGGCAUGUGAAGGUCGUUUGUUCAUGGUGCACCGGUUAGUCUUAGCCACCUGCAGUGACUUCUUUGAUGAGAUUUUCCAGCAGACGCCAAGUGACAGCACUCGUGCUGUCAUUGUCUUGAAUGAGGCGCGGGCGCAGGAUGUGGAGUGCUUGCUGGAUUAUAUGUAUUGUGGACAGGUAAACGUACGUCAAGCCAAUCUGGCAUCUCUGCUGAAGACAGCUGAGUGUCUUAAGAUCAAGGGGUUAGCUGUUCCAGAAGGAACUAUCAACACAUCAAACACAAAACGCACUCAGGACCAUGUACCCUCUCCGGAAUCUCCACCAGCAAAGAAGAAGAAGAAAAAGAAGUGUCUAUUGACACCUCCCUCAGCACCAGCCCCUGAACCCCCUCCCACUGUGCCCUCUACGCCCCUCUCCUCUUCAUCCUGGCUUGCCCCUACACCUGCCCUAACCAGUACACACUCUCCCACACACCAGCCGACUACCCUGCCCGUCAACUCCUCCCCCCAGACACUUCCGCCACCAAUGCAUGUCUCCUCACCUGUGGCCCAGUCUCUACCCCUCAAGGUGGCUGUUCCAGUGGCUGACCCUGAGAAAGGCACCACAAAGACUGGCUGGCUCCAGAUCGUGUCGUCCAUGCGGCAGGGGCCUCCAGGUGAACAGGGACCACCUGAUCCCGUCACGCCCACUCAACCUCGCUCGCACCAUACCAAGAAGAACAAAUGCUCACCAAAGGCCACUGCUCUGGACUCUUACGCUGGACAGUUUCUGCAGACGGAAAUCAAGGAAGAAAUCAAAGAUGAACCAGUGACAGUGCCGCUAGGACCCGACGACCCACUUGAGGAAGAUGAGAAUAGCUGGGAGGAGCAGGAAGGUGGUGAGGAGGCGGGCAAGGAGACCAUGUACCGCAAGGUGACAGGGCUUCACCCUCCCCCUCCUGGGCUCCAUCCUGUGGUCUCUAGCAGUGGAUUGACGCACUCAACACCUGUCUUGCCACUUGGCCUCUUUCGCGUUGGCUCCUAUGCUGUGCAAAGUGGAGGUCAAGCCUGGGAAACAACAGGGCAGCUGAGCAACUCACCUGAACCCAGUAACCAUGAGGCUUCUCCGGGUGCAAGCCAGCAGGCCAUGUGUCACAUGUUAGAAAACUCCAAGUACAAAUUUGUUGGUCUUCUAUUUGAAAUUAUUCUAGGAAACAAGUUGAAGUUAAAGUUCUUCCUGGGUUGCAUCUGA